AUGGUAAAAAAUGACAAAGAUUCAUCUGGUCUCAUGCUAACUCUCUUCCAGUAUCAAACUUGUCCAUUUUGUUGUAAAGUUCGAGCGCUACUUGAUUAUAGAGGAUAUUCAUAUAACAUUAUAGAAGUUAACUCCAUAUGGAGGAAAGAAAUAAAAUGGUCCAAGUAUAAAAAGGUACCAAUUUUAGUGUGUGAAGGAACUAUUGAAGAUGACUAUUUGCAAAUUAAUGACUCCUCAGUGAUUAUCAGUGUCAUGGAAUCCCAUAUUUUAGACCGAAGUCAGAAAAUAGAGAAACUAUUAUCAUAUUUUCCUGUUAUUGAAUCAAAAAAUGAGAAGGGAAAAACUGUUUAUGAUUACCCCAACAAAUAUUUUAUUAUGUUUGGAGAAGCACCUGCUUAUGGAACACCUGACUAUAUGAAGAAAGAAAGGAAAUGGCGAGCCUGGGUUGAUGACAUUCUGGUACAUACACUGUCCCCAAAUAUUUACCGAACACCUUCUGAAGCUCUACAGGCUUUUAAUUAUUUCUCACAAGUUGGUGAGUGGGAAAAAAACUUCACCAUCUUUGAUCGUCUGGUGGUUAUUUAUAUUGGAGCUGCUGCAAUGUACUUUGUUGGGAAGAUUUUGAAAAAAAGACAUAAUUUAACUGAUGAUGUUCGCUCAUCUUUGUAUGAAGCUUGCAAGGAGUGGAUGAAAGCUUUAGAGGGCCAACCUUUUAUGGGAGGAGAAAAACCAAACUUGGCUGAUUUGUCUGCCUAUGGUGUUCUCAGUUCAAUUGAAGGAUGCAAUGCAUUCAAAGACUUGUUGGAGCAUACCAAAAUUGGUUCCUGGUACUACCAAGUGAAAAAAGCUGUCCAAACACAUCAGGGAGCCCAAAUAUCUAUUUGA